ACUCGCCGCAACACUCACAACAGGUACGUAUGUGUGAAGAGACAGAGAGACAGAGUGAGAGAGUAGCAAGGAAUAUGGGCGGGAACUACACGGGGCGUAGGGACGGGAUGGGGGAAGCCGCUCUUACAUAUAGUGGGCGUUAGGCUUGGCAGUCCCCCCCAAUUCUUGCUGGGAUCUUACUAGCUGGAACGAGAGCACCAGCGUUGGGCAGCAAACGACAUAGAAUUGCCACACCUGCACACGUCCUUCCAACUAUUAUUCUUGGCUGACCCUUAAGAUUGUCUUCCGCCUUCAGCAUUCACAAUCGUCGUGGGAACGUUUCGACAACCACCCGCGAUCUAUCCCACACUUCACAACACAAUGUCCCCAACAAAACGGACAAUGAAGGCUGCGGCUUUCUCGCUUUUCGCCCUCGCUUCUGGAGUUGCCGCUGCUGAUGAUAAGUCGCGCCCAAGCGAAUGCAUAGCAGUGGACAGCUCAUCAACAUGCGCACCCUUCGCGGCCGGCCACUACAUCAACGCCACAUAUCUCGGACUCGUCUACGGUCUCGACAAGCCCAUCCCCGAUGCGGCCUACUGGGACAACCUCGUCAAGACGGUUACUUCAGGCAGCAAAGAACAGGCCGCCAUGUGGACCAACUGGGCCCAAUGCACCGGCUACAAGGGCCAGCCUAUCCAGUACUACCGCUCAUAUGUCUGCCUCACCGAUAUCAACUACUUCUCGCAAGGCUGCAACCCGGGCUACAAGCCGCCUUCCAAAUCCAUUUGCACGAAUAUCUGCGAAUCGUACGGAAGCGCGGUCAGCACGUUGAUUCAGGACGAGGAGAUCUGCCCAACGCGGUUUGGUGAUGCUAGCACCCCGGCCAGCGUGUAUGAGGAAGUGAGGAACCGCAGGAACAAUGCCCUGCAAGGGUCAAAGACUUGCUCGGCGCUCGCCGCUGCAUGGGAGAAGGAUGGGUACAAGAACAAUGCCAGUGAUUGCCAAUACGGUACCGAAGAUGACCACACCUCUUGCGGCUUCGCUGGUAAUGCCGAGAUUGCCAACUACUACUGCACAGACUACCCCACCGACCCCUGCUGCAAACGUCUCAAGGGCGGCCGCAACGUCGACUCCAACUCCAAGCCGGAGUCCAACUCGAACUCCAACUCCACCACCUCUGCCGGCCUCGACCAAUCCAACGCAGGCACCAAGGCCGUCGCCGCCGCCGCUGACGUCCAAAACGAUAUCAGCGCAACCGCCGCGGCCGCUGCCACCGGUUCCGAAUCCUUCGCCUCUAAAAACAAAAUUCCCCUCGCCAUCGGCGGCUCCCUCGUCGGCAUCGCAGCCAUCGCCGGCGCCAUCGUCGGCACCCGCCACAUCAAAGCCAAAAACUCCAACGGCUCCCACGCCCCGCGUCCGCGGGGCAAGAUGACCGCGGGUACCGCUGUCCCCUUCCUCGCACCCGACAUGAAGGACACGAGCAAGGACCGCACUGCGGCGGAUGGAUCGACGAGCACGAAGCAUAAGGUUGUGUACGAUUAUACGCCGCAGUUGAUUGAUGAGUUGGAGUUGGCGAAGGAUGAUGUUGUGGAGGUGUGGGCUUCUUAUGAUGAUGGCUGGGGUAAAGGCUUGAACACCCGCUCAGGCAACAAGGGAACUUUCCCAAUGGCCUGUCUUGAACCCAUCUCGGAAUAAAACCCCGCCCUCACUCGCUUGAAUGAUAAUGUUCUGUAAUCUUAGCGUCGUCGAUACGUUUUGUUUUUUUCUCUCUUGUAUCAAUCCUUUUUCGCUUUUUGCGCAAGAAAGACCACCCAACCCAUUGUAUAAAUAAUUCAUAAUCGUAUCCGUGCAGAAAUGUGAGGAGGCC